GCACAAUUUCAUCUACUCCAGUUCAUUUCAGUCUCUCUCUCUGCACAUUACACAUUCUGGACAAGAGGACCUUCAGUCUCUCUGGCAGUUGUCAUAAAAUAAAAUAGUUUAAUAUAUGAGACAGCAGAGCGAGUUGAAAUCCAACGAGGUCGUUUUGGAGUCGAAUGAGUCCAUGGACCAACAGGAUUUUAGCGAGAUGUCUGGUUAUUCUAUUAACGACGUCAUAUACUCCGAAUGUUCCGCAAUGGAGCAAAUCAACACUUUUAUGAAAAACGUUCAGGUGUUGCUGGAUGCAGCAAAUUACAUUGAGAACAAUGAAAAGAACAACGGAAAAUGUGAACAUGGAUAUGCCUCAACAUACCCUGCAACUCAGAGCACGCAUCAUCAGAGACAACGGAAAUUCAAGAAUAAGAAAAUCGACAAUAUUCACAACAGGUCCGCACAUAAUGAGCUGGAAAAAAACAGACGAGCACAUCUCCGCCUGUGUUUGGAGAGGUUAAAGAUGUUGAUCCCACUGGGACCAGACUGCAGUCGGCACACUACCCUGGGGUUGCUUAACAAGGCCAAGGGUCACAUUAAGAAACUAGAGGACAUGGACCGGAGGAGUCAGCACCAGCUGGAAAGCCUGGAGCGAGAGCAGAGGCACCUGCAGAGGCAGCUGGCCCACCUGCAGACCCCUGUAGGCGGCGAGAGGGACAGGGUCCGUAUGGACAGCGUAGGUUCCCCUUUGGCCUCCGAACACUCUGACUCGGACCAAGAAGAGAUCGAGGUUGACGUGGAAAGCACUGAGUUCUCCCAUGGAGAGUUGGACAGUAUCAGCACGAGUGGCUGCAGUGACUUGGAUGACCACAACAGUCGGCAGAGCCUGGCCAGCGACGAGGGCUACUCCACAUGCAGUCUAAAACUGGCCUUUUCCUCCUAAGAACCAUCCUGAAGCUCCUCAUCCACACCUGCAGUUCCUCAUCCACACCUGCAGUUCCUCAUCCACACCUGCAGUCUAAACUGGGCUUCUAAGAACCAGUCUAAAACUCCACCUGCAGUCUAUAACUGGUCCUCUACUACGAACCAGCCUGAAGUUCAACUCCUCAUGCAGUCUAAAUCUGGACUCACCUCCUAAGAACCAGCCUAAAUCUCAAGCACCUGCAGUCAACUGGUCCUUUCUUCUGAUAAACUAGUUAAACUCCUCCUGAAGUCUAAAACUGGACCUCUCAUCUUAAGAAUCUUAAAAUCAACCACCUGCAGUCUAAACAAAGAACCAGCUAAAAGCUAAUCCCCACCUACAGUUUGAAAGGACAGAUCUUACCUCAACUGUAAAAUCUUGACACUGAUGUGGGCGACGGCACCUAGUCUGUUACCCGUCUCCUCCUAAAACCAGCACAAAAACCGCAUAAAGCCAGCCAGAAGCUCACCAGUGACAAGGGCAACUUUUUCCCCCACUUUGAAAACCCCUAGCAGAUGACCCUCUGGGAAGAAACAAUUAUUGUCAAUCACCAAGCAAGUUACUAGGGCUUCUAUAUCUCCAAUCUAAACCGUUUUUCUUAUACAGUACCCACAGCAUCCAUAGCCCACAGUUAUACCCCAAGUCUUUCACAAGCCACCAAUGUUAUUCCUACCUAAUUUGAAUAUGAUUGAGAAAUGUAUUUAUUUCCCCAAUAUUUAUCAUGCUGUACUGUGUCUUGGUCACACUUGAAUUAUGAAAUGAAUGGAAAAUAUGAUUUGGAUGUUUGGACAACUGUAAAGUCAGGUUUUAUGUAAGUCUGUUGUGGUUUUGAACUGAGCAUUGACAAGUUCUCAGACAAAAGCUAGUGCAAUGGUACACGACACGCUAAAUGUAUCACCCAGUGGUCUGUUGUGAGAUGAUUGACAUUCAUCCCCGGUGAGAUUUCUAAAUAAAUAUUGUUUGUAUACAUUAGGCAGCUAUAAUGAGCUAUACCGCACUUCCCAAGGGCCAAGCACAAUUCUGAAGCAAUAACUUAUUGCCAGUUAUGUCAACUCUUUUAAGUUGGCUGUUUUAGGCACAACAUUUUGUCCAUCCAACACCAAAUUGAACUUGCUUGUUUUGUAUGCAACUUCAAUAGCUUCAUUAAUUACAAAUAGUAAUCAAUAUUAAGAUAAUGUUUGGAACAAAAGUAAUGGCGCAUGUGUAUUGAAUGUAGCUUUCCAUUUUUUCAUCAUGGGCUUUGGAUUGACCAGUUUUGAGAGCUCAUGUCUUUGUAUUGAUGAACACAUGGCAGAAUUUAAUGUGAGUUUUGAAUUUUUACUUAGUAACUUAUGUUCCAUUCCAACGUUACAACCCUGACGCUGUAUUUUCUGAAUAUUGAUCUACAAAAAUCACACUUUCCCCUUAUUGCACUGCAAGACUAUUCCACUAACCAAAUUGGAAAUGUCAUCUUAUGACCAUACCCAUAUUUUUGUGGUACAACUAAAUAGAUCAUCACCACCAACUGUGUCUUAACAUGGCUAAAUUGACUCUUGCACAGGUUUCUUAGUUCCAAGUCUUUAUUCAAUGUCAGUGUUGGGUAAUUUGUAAAAUGCACUAUGAAAAAGACUUGAUCUAAGAAAGUGUCUCUUAACACCACUGCGCUAAAAUCAGCCAUCAAAGGUGACUUUUACAAAGAACAUGUUGCUGGUCCCCUGCUACCAUUUUGUGUGUUUCCUGGUAGUGGUCCCUUGAAACUUGAUCAAUAAACCUCUACCACCCCAUGUACCUA